UUUGUCGUACACCAUCGAAUUCACUUCGAUCAGCUGAUCGCAUAACCGAGGACCAACAGACAUAUAUUUACCUGUCGUUGUGGCGUUGUUAUUGUACCUGGAAAACAGCUGAUAACAUCUUGAUACGCUGAUAGCGUUCCAGAGCGAAAAAAUAAACACUAAACAAAGACCUAAUAAAUGCGUCGUAAGUAAUUCUUUCAUCAACACUAUUCAUUUUUUAUUAGUCAUUAUGAUUUCGAAAAUCGAUCGACGUCAGAAAUAGUUCCCGCUGUUUAUAAAGGAGGAAAGAAAAGCGUCCAGAGAGUGAUGCGUUCUGCAAGGAUCUUACUUGUCAGUUGACAUCCUGACGUCGUUGUAUCCUGCGAACGAAAAUCUCACACAACUGUUUUGAGAAAACUUUUGAACUGUUAACGGACACAUCCAUUCCGUUUGAUUGUCCGCUGAUCAGAUGGGUCGGAUAUUCCUCGACCACGUCGGUGGCGAUCGGCUGUAUGCCUGCGCCGCUUGCGACACCAACUUGACCAACCGUAACGAGCUGAUCAGCACCAGGUUUACGGGCGCGACGGGCCGAGCGUUUCUGUUCAAUAAAGUCGUCAAUCUCAAUUACAGUGAUGUUCAAGAUCGAGUUAUGCUAACUGGUCGUCAUAUAGUGCGAGAUGUAUCCUGUAAAAAUUGUGACACUAAAUUAGGGUGGAUUUAUGAAUUUGCCAUGGAAGAAAAUCAGCGCUAUAAAGAAGGCAGAGUUAUACUGGAGAGAGCAUUGGUCACCGAAGGAGAUGGUCUUGAACAUGAAAUAUAAUUACAUAAGUCAAGCGUCAUAAUAAAUUUCUGUACAGAUAUAUAUAUUUUUUUUCAUUUGUAUAAUAUCUAUUUAUUUUAUUUCUAUUUUGAUAAUAUAUAGUCACUUAAGUUACAUAUGUACUUUUGAAACAAUGGGUGUAAAGUUAAAAUGCUUUAUUGCUCGUUUAAGAAACAGAUGUUUUCCAAUGUUUUACAUGACCAUGUAUUAAAUGAUACUCAAUAAUCAACAUUGGUAACAAAGAUAGAAAAUGUAAUAUUUGUAGUAUAACAUUUAUUUUUAUUUUUAUUAAUAUAUAUUACAUGUCAAACUAAAAAAAAA